AUGUCGGACAGUGAAGACGAUAAUCAUCACAAUAACAACGUUUUUCUCAAUUUGGUUGCGCGCGUAAUUCGGAAACCACUUUACAGGUUUCCCGGACAAUGGGGCCAAGAAACAUAUGAGCCUCGCAUCUAUAAAACUUUGGGAACAAUCUUGCGCAAUGCAACAUCAGAGGAAUUUGAUUCAUUCAUAGUAGAUUUCAUCAAUUUCGCCAAAACCGCACAUGCCCGGUUGGAUCCCGAGUUCUACAUGGAAUUCAUAAACGUGUGCACCAACACCAUCCUCCACUGGGUCUUCGCGCGUAGAGGCAGCGCGGAAAUAGUCAGGAAAUUGAUGGAGAGGACGUCACCGUAUCUUCAGGACCAGACAAACAACCUGGCCAUUGCAUGGAGGCGCUUCACGCCCAUUUACAGCCCCAGUACAGUGGGUGGUGUGACUCCCCUCAUGUUCGUGGCGCAGAACCGCCAGUAUGACGUGCUGAAGGUUCUACUGCAGUACGGUAUGCUGGAGCGCGAGCGGCGACCCACUUAUGUCAUCAUCUCCAUCCUGUUCAACCCACCACGCCUGGAAGUGUUGGAUGAGAGAUGCCACACCACAGUCACCACAGAGCUGGAGGACUGUAUGGAGCUGUGCUUCCGGGUGGUCACUUAUGUCUGCGUGGCAGACAUUGAGAUGCAGGUGGUGUACGGGCGCAAGGCCCUGAUCCCAGACUGGAAGAAGCACAUCCCCCUGACGCGCUACCAGGAGCCGUGUGAGCUGAGCCACCUGUGCAGGGUGGCAGUGAGGGCCUGCCUGCUGCAGAGGGGCCGGCUCCCCGACGGCAUCAGGGCCCUGCCUCUGCCCGUGCCUCUCCGCAACUACCUCAACCUGGAGAACUGA